AUGCCUGCUAAUGGGAACCGUCCCUUGAAGUUACAGUUUGGUCUAAUCAACCAUGAGGGUCGCUACCUCACUGCUGAGGCCUUUGGCUUCAAGGUGAAUGCGUCAGCACCCAGCCUGAAGAAGAAGCAGAUAUGGACUCUCGAGCAGGACUCUCAGGACACCCAGCUGGUCUACUUGCGCAGCCACUUGGGACGCUACCUGGCCUCAGACAAGGACGGCAAAGUCACCUGUGAGUCUGAUGGGCACAAUUCGGACUGCCGCUUCCUCAUCGUGGCUCAAUCAGACGGUCGCUGGGCCCUGCAGUCUGAGCAGCACCUCCGCUUCUUCGGUGGCUCUCGGGACUACCUGUCCUGCUUUGCCCAGGUAAUCACAGAUGCCGAGCUGUGGGCAGUGCACCUGGCUCUCCAUCCGCAGGCCAACCUGCUGUCUGUGGCCCGCAAGCGUUACGCCCACCUCUCUAUGGAGGAUGGGGAAAUCGCUGUGGAUAUGAACAUUCCCUGGGGUGUGGCAGCGCUCCUUACACUUGUCUACCUGGAUGGGAAGUACUGCCUUAAGACCUGUGACAGCCGCUUCCUCAGCAAUGAUGGGAAGCUGCUGACGCAGAGUGGGAGGGCCACGGCGUACAUGCUGGAGCUGAAGUGUGGGAAGCUGGCCUUUAAAGACUGUGAGGGGAAGUAUUUGUCUCCCAUGGGGCCUACGGGCACCCUGAGGUCUGGACGGUGCUCCAAGCCGGGCAAAGAUGAACUGUUUGACCUAGAGGAGAGCCAUCCACAGGUGGUUCUGAUGGCCGCCAAUGGGCGAUAUGUCUCCAUAAGACAAGGAGUAAGUCUUGCAGCCAAUCAGGAAAAUGAGACAGACAUGGAGACAUUUCAGAUGGAGAUCGACAAGGAAACCAAGAAGUGUACGUUCCGCACCAGCCAAGGGAACUACUGGGACCUGGUGGCCCACGGAGGCAUCCAGAGUUCUGCCACUGAAGUGUCAGCAAACACCAUGUUUUCAGUGGAGUGGCUUGGCCACAAGGUGGCACUAAAGGCUAACAAUGGAAAAUACAUCUGCACCAAGAAAAAUGGCCAGCUAAUGGCUAUCAGUGAUUCCAUAGGCGAGGACGAACAGCUUACUUUGAAACUGAUCAACCGACCCAUGCUGAUCCUGAGAGGAGAGAACGGAUUCAUCUGCCAUCACAAGAACUCCAACACACUGGAUGGCAGCAGAUCAGUCUACGACAUUUUCACCCUGCAAUUCAGUAAUGGGGCGUACCACAUUAAAGGCGUUGAUGGCCGGUUCUGGUACGUGAACAGUGCUGGGCUGGUGUGCUCAGAUGGUGAGGCCCCUGAGGAUUUUGCUCUGGAGCUCGUGGAGCACCGUCGCCUCGCCAUCCGUGGCAAGAACGGCAAAUACCUGCGCGGAGACCAGGGAGGCACGCUGAAGGGAGACGGACUCUGCCUGAGCAGCUCAGCCCUGUGGGAGUAUUGAUACAUUCCAAUAUUAGUCCUAACUCAUCGCUGAGUUGAUCGGCUGCUAUUCACCAAUCCAGAGCCAGCAUCAAGUUCAAACUCUGUGGCACUUUGAGGGGGAAGACAGUUACUCAUCAGUGAGGAGUUACAGCCUGUACUGAUUUUAAUCCCACUUCUUUUUCUCCUUUUUGUUACAAAGAGGUCUCAAAAGAGAACUCACAGCGAUAACUGACCCAAAAGGCAUGCAAAAGUGCAAGAAGAACUGACCAUAUUCAGCCAGGACAAAUUGUGAUGAGACAAACUAUGUUUUGAGUUAAUCCCUAAUCUCAAAACAGCAAAAAGUAGUGUGAAUGAACAUUAGAGUUUUUGUGUUGUUCCUUUUUAGAUUUUUUCAAUGAGCAUCCGUUGCCAGACCUAAUUAGGCUAUCGUCUGAAGCUAAAAAUCCUCCUUUCAAUAAAUACAUGGAGAUUUCUCAAUGUCAUGAACCCCUGCAGAUGUAAAGCUAAGCAUCAGCGUGACGUACUGUACCGCUCUAUCUUUUCAUUGCAUCCUCUUUCUACUUAUGUUUAUCUUCCAAACCUUUCUACCCCAUACGUUUGACAGCAAUGCAACAAGUAGUAACACAGGUGUGUAAUGACGCUCAUCCAGUUUAAAAUACAAUAAAUCAGUGUGGCAUUUGAGACAGACGUAGUUCCCAUUAUCAGUGAGGUCACCUUUUAGAGGUCUUUAGCAUGGUAUUGCUGCCUGAGGAUGUUUAUUAGUUUAUUAUCUGUAGGAACAGUAGAAGACUGUAACUGAGACUCAUGUAGGCUUACAUGUACAUUGUAGCAGUACUAGUCUAUAUGCACAACGUUCCACUUCCGGGAUUGCUCCAGUGCCGCCGGAAAUUCCACUGGAUGUCC